CUAAAAGACACUGAUUUGUCUUCUAUCACCCGCAAAGCUUUAAGACAGACUUCAGUGAGCGGAUGUGCUGCAAUUUUUUGGAAAACGAAAAAGUCCGACAUAAGAAUUUAGUUUUUCUAACAAUAUAUCUUCACAAAAAAUUAACAAAAUUGGCUUAGGAUUUCGUUAAAUAUGUGUAGUAAACAAUUGUGGAACCGGCAAAUGCCGGCACUUGUGUUGUUAUUUUGCAUAAUGGUUCCUACGGUGUUUUCAAAAACUGCUUUUCUCAUUCCACCGAAAAGUCAACAUCUCUUUGAGCUCACCAAUGUAGUGUCAAUGCAUGAUUUGAGCCGUAUGAGCGCUGAGGAAGCCAGUUAUAUAUUUCGCGCACAAUUAAAAGUUAACUCGGUAUGGAACACAGAGAAAGAUCAAUUGCUGGAAGUUUUUAUAACAUAUUCGAAAGUAAGCGCACCAGCCAAAGCGCGUAAAUCAAGUAAAACUGCCGAAAUAACAAAAAUACCAGAUCGUCCUUUCUAUGUCAGCCUUAUUGCCGGUAAGCCGCAUAAGGUCAUAGCGCACACAUCGCGAGAUCAAUCGCUUCUCAAUUUGGAGCGUGGCUUUGCUUCACUGUUUCAAUUGCAGUAUCAGAAUGGCCCCGUCACGGAGGUGGAUGUUUCGGGCAAAUGUAACGUCUUUUAUGCAAUCAAAUCAUCCACAAUUAUUGAAAAGAUCAAAACAGAUUGCUCACAUUGGGACCUAAAAGUCAAUUACAGAGCAGAGAAAGCAUUGGGUAUAUCACAAGUCUCACAAGAAAUUGUUGAGUACGAACUGAAUGCUGAGGGUGCACUUAUGCAGGCUAUAACUUCGGAAAAGCAUCGUAUUGCCUUGGCUUCUAAACCAGAUGUGGGCAGCGAAGUAAGCGCUAAGUUUGGUCUUACGCAUCUAGUUGAGAGCUCAGAUGUAGUUAAGCAACUGGAGUUUGACACACUUGAUGAUGCGGUAAAAAGUUUACUGGAGUGGUAUCGUGUAUUCGAUAUUGAGGCCGAUGUAGACGGCGCAAUCAGUGAAAUUAAAGACACCACUCUUAAAACUGAAAUCGCAAAAUUCGAUGCUGAAUUUACUGGCGAAAAUGUCGGCAAACAAUCCCUAUCGGUUGCCAUUGCUGAAUUAUUACCAGUAGCGCGUAUCACUAAGCAAGCUGAUUUCGUUGAGAUCUUAAAAUCCCACAACGCAUCUGCCAAGCCAACGAUUGAUUUGCUAGCAGCCGUCCAAACGAUUGACGCUCACAAUGCUAUAACUGAAGUAUACAAUUUCAAUGGAGAGGAUGAUGUUGAGUAUUUGGAGCAAUAUCUGCAAUCACUCGCUGUUGGAACUCAUCCGGAACGCGCUAUUAUCGAGGACCUAUACAAUCGCUUGGAAACGGACGCUGAUAGUGAAAAAAUCACGAAUGAAAAGUUACGUGACUCUGUAAUUCAAACAGUCGCAGCGCUUACUCGUCAGUCAGGUUUCGAUCCUAACGAUUCGCUACUACAAAAAAUACGCCAAUUAUUUUUAGAUAAUCUUAGUGAAAAAUGUAAAGAGAGCGACUGUAAAGUUAUAUACAUACGUGCGCUGCAAAACUUGCAGGACGUGAGCACAUUGCAAACACUUUUCGACAGCGCUUUGAGUAGUGCACAGGCGGAAUCAGUUGCCGCUCUACAGGCUUUGAAAAGCUUCCCUAUUGCAAACUUUAAUGAAAAGCAUCGCAGCCGUUUAGCUGAAAUAUUCUAUCAAACCAAACGUAAAUUCGAUACUUCGGCACGUGUCAUUGCAUUGGACAUCUUGCUAGCGCUCAAACCCACCAAGGAGCAGCUGCGUGAGCUACUGCUCUACUUGAAUUCUAACGAUCAUCAUUUCGAGAUUAAAACAUUCGUUAUACAAAAGCUAAGCAUGAUUGCGGACAAGUGUUCACGCUUUAGGGCGCUUCUGAAAGCUUGCUUAGCUGAACUGCCGGAAAUAAAUAAUUACCAUGUAAUCGGGCAGAAAGGCCUUACAACUGUGUUGACGCGAGGGCUUUCUCAAACGCCGGCGUUUAAUGAAUCGCUACUCAGCACACAAGAGAUUUAUCAGGGAGUGUUAAAGCGUGGCACUGUUGAGCUGCUCCUGGGUGCGGGCAAAGACGAAUUUAGCAGUUUCAAGAUCGGUAUUUACACUAGUGGUCUCACAUCAUUCGUUGGAGAUUCUGAAGAUGUGCCCGAAGAUGAUGCUGACGAUAGUCCCGCCACCGCUGGUAUGGAAAUAACGGUGCAGGGAAUACUGCUACGACCACUCGUGUUCUUCAACGGCCAAGGUGAAUUGAUGGGUCACGUGUGGAGUGGCACUGCCUCGGAACCCACACCAGCUUACCAAGCAACCAUAUUGGCGGAGGACCACGAGCACUACGUAAUUCUGUCAUCGGGCGCUACUGUUUAUAUGCGAGUGGUGGGCACACGUUCUAUUGAUCUAAAUGGCAAAGUGGAGUUCAGUUUGUGGAAUCGCAAUGCCAAUACGGAAAUCAAACAGAACACGGGUUCGGCAGUGGUUGGUAACAUGGUAGCGGGAUUUACUUAUGCAAAAGUGGAAAAUAAAUUUACAUUAACUAGUGAACCACGUAUAAGUCUGCAGGCUGAUAUUGAUUUCUAUUCGGGCGUAAAAUUGUGUAUGAAAUUAGAGCGACCGGACAUGAUAUUAAACUUGUCGAACAUAAAAUCAGUUUAUUUGUCGCCGAACUCAUACUACAAACAUAUUAGCACAAAAUCCACGCAUAAACUCGCCGGACACACCUUGGCUUUAAAUCAGAAAAACAACGAGAUGUGUAAUAUGAUAUCGAGUGAUUAAAUAAUUAAUAUCAGUGGUGGUGUUAGAGAUACAUAUCAAUAUAUUCAAUACUCAAAGCUCUCUUCUAUAAUUGUGAAUCUCGUGUAAUUCUACAAACUUAGUUACAUCAACAAUUGCCUUAAUUAUACCUAAAAAGUGAUUAAUUUAUAUGAAAAGAAACAAUUUGUUUUUGAAUAUUAUCAAAACUGUACAGCAUUUGCAAAGACAAUAAAUAAUAUUUUAUACAAUUAAAAA